UCCGUUUACUAAUUGUCCAGAAAAUGCGCGAACAACCUAAUUUCCUUUACUACAACAGAUAUGUUUUUUAUUCUUUAUGUUGUAUAUAUAUGAUUUCAUAGAUAUUACAAAAUUUUUUUUAGAAUAUUACGUUUAUCGUUAUUAAUUGAAACUUCUAUAUUUUCCUAUAGGAAAAUUUAAAUACGUUUAAUUUUUAAAAUAAAUAUAAAACUAUCAUUUUGUUUAAUUUUUGUUACUUUUAAUUAUAUUCGAUUCUUUGAUAGUUCUAGUGAUAAUAUUUCAUAACAAUGUUUUGUAAAACGAGAAUAUCCAGUUUCACCAAUCAAUUACUGAAACUUCAAAAUAAUAAUCUACACACAACUACAAUAAGAAAUGAUAGUCAAAAAACUGAAAAAACAAUAAAUCAAGUAACCUUACUGGGUAGAGUGGGUGCUGAUCCUCAAAAGCGAGGUUCUGAAGAGCAUCCAGUUGUGAAUUUUCCUCUGGCUACUCAUUUCAGUUACAAAUAUGAGUCAGGAGAUAUAUUACAGCGCACUGAUUGGCACAGGAUUAGCAUUUUUAAACCAGCUCUUCGUGAUACUGUUUAUAAGUAUUUAAAAAAAGGGCAAAGAGUGUAUGUAACUGGUAAAUUGUCCUAUGGUGAAGUAAAACUUGAUGAUGGGCAAGUUAGAACGGCAUCUACAGUUGUUGCUGAUGAUGUUAUAUUUUUUCAAGGACAACCAUCAGAAAAUUAAGUAGAUAUCUACAUAUUUUGUUAUUCAACUUCAGAAGUAUGAGACCCAUGAGCCAAGAAAUUCAAUUCAAUCUUUAAUUUGGUACUAAUACAGUUCAAAAGUUAUAAUAAUUAUGAAGCCCCAAUCAUCUAAUAAUCUUGAGAGAAGUUGAAUCUCGUUUAGUUUUACACAAGAUGUAUGAAGUUCUCAGUUACUUUGAUCUGACUUUGCAAUUUUUAUUUGGUAAUGAUUGCAAUUAAAUAUACUGAUCAAAUUAUCAAAAAUGUCAUACAAAUUUGGUAUUUAUUAGCGUUUUUGAGUAUAACUAAAUUCUUAUGGCAGGAGUCUUUAACUCAUUGGUCGAUCCCGAGGAAGAACGCUUGUUAUCUGAUAUGUAAAUUAGUCUAUAAGCAUAAUGUUAUGUAUCUAAUAUGCAUGUGAUAAAUAAAAGCCAGUAGUUUUUCAA